AUGGCUCCAGCAAGCAGCCUCGCGCUUUCGGCGCGUGGCGCGACGAUAGCCCUCCGACGAAGCCCGGCAGCGGCGCGGAAACUAUCCUCUACGAGAGCGCUACCCGCCAAGAAGGGAGCGUCGAAUCCGCCGCACAAGCCCAUUGUGCUCGAGAAGCCCCUCAAGUUCAACCCACCCUCGCAUGGGUCGCGGCUACCAAGGAAGGGCCGGACGUCCCAGCACUACGGAGGCGCGUUGUCCAAGGAGGAGCUCAAGGCGCAGGACUUUAAGGAUUACCCGACCAUGUUGGCGCCCAAGGGAACGUGGGCGCAUUGGUUCUGGACGAGCCGCAUGGUUCACGUUUACAUUACGACGGGUACGCUCUUGGUCCUCGGCGUCUCCACGUACUUUAUGAACUUUGCGCAUACCUCGCCAUUCAAGCACCUCCUGCCACCCAUCUCCGAGCUGUCCGAGCACCCCAUCGACUUCAUCCAGGCGUACCUCAGCGUCAUGAAGCUACACAACCAACACAACAGCCAAAUGGCCUUUGAGAGCCGAAAUAAGAAGAUGGACGACGUACUCAAGAGGCAGGCGUUUCAAAUGGCGCACAAGUCGGAAAAGGGCCCCAUGGAGAAGUACUUUGGUCUCGGUAGGAAGGAGCCCGACGCGGACGAGCCCGCGCCCGAGGCUGAGGCUGAUGCUCAGGCUGCAGCCAAGGGCGGAGCUAUCGAGGAGGAAAAGCCCAAGAAGAAAGCCAUACUGGACAUGAAGAUCCAGCGCGACAAGCUGCACCAGUACCAACGCCGCGUGACCGUCCUCACCGACCGCGAAACUGCCAUCGCCAAGGAGAUGCUCGCCAAGGGCGACAAGAAACGUGCCCUGCUGGCCCUGCGCCGGAAAAAGUACCAGGAGAGUCUGCUCGCCAAGACGGACGCCCAACUCGAGCAGCUCGAGAAGCUGACCUCGAGCGUCGAGUUCGCCCUGAUACAAAAGGACAUCGUUUUCGGCUUGCAGCAGGGCACCAAGGUGCUCAAGGAGAUUCACGCCGAGAUGGGCGGCAUCGAACAUGUGGAAAAGCUUAUGGGCGAGACGGCCGAUGCCAUCGCGUACCAGCAGGAGGUGAGCGAUAUGCUUGGCGGAAAGAUGACGCUGCAAGACGAAGAAGAGGUCGACGAGGAGUUGGCAGCCCUAGAGGCCGAAAUGUCUGCUGGAAAGACGGCGCUCCCCGACGCGCCCGUGUCGCAACUCCCCGUUCACGAGAGACCGGAAGACACCCAAGAAGCCGAACCCGCGAAGCAACCCGAGCGGGUAGCCAUGUUAGCGUAG